ACAUUUUGGAACGCUGGAAUCUGACAGGCAGCCGAAUGUAGCUAUGACAGCUUGAUCAUUUUGAUAUGUUUUAAAAUGAGAAUUAAAGGUUAAAGCCAGCUAUGUCACAUCUUGGUCCUGCCAGUAAUGUCCCCUCAUCAAAUAUUAUUCCUUCACAACAGGAUCUAGCUGCAAGACGGGGAAGUAUUGGAAGUAAAGGAAGGAGACGUAGUACAGUUGGAAAUGUACUUCAUACUGCUGAAUCCAUAAAAGAGAAGCAGGCAAGGGCAAGAGAUGCCAGGGAGACCAGGAGAGCCUUCUUAACUCCAGCUCAUAAGUUUAUUUUGGGUUUAGUAGGAAAUCAUCUCAAUCUUGAUACUGGGGUCAUUGAAGAACUAAUACUGGACUCAGAAAGGAACAUCGAGAUUUUUGAGUCAUUCAUGAACAAAGAUAGUAUAAAAUGUCUCAAAUUUUAUUAUCAAGAGGCCCCAGUGCCAAGUUUAGAAGAAUGCGGAAGAACUAUAUCCGGUACACCUAAAGGAACAUUGGUGAACAGGUUGUUUGUAACUAGUGGAACUGGAGAUAAACUCUCUGGAGUAUGUUGUUACUUUAUCCGCACAAACAAUGAUACAAAUCUCACCAUUAAAAAUGUUGCAGAGGAGGUCAGUUUUGGUGUGCUUGACAUAAGGGAUUGUGAGGGAAUACUGACCAUGUUUGAAACAGUCAUGGCGAACAUUUUUCUGCCAAUGAUGGAUGGAUAUAAUAAGUGGGGAGAGUUGAGUGAAACACCACAAGGAAGGAAAACUAUCCAAAAAUUUCUCGACACUAUAUCAGGAUUUGUUGGUUACUUGCAAGGUGCUCAAGCAAAUGCUGGUGAGGGUGUUAGAUUAGUUGACUAUACUGGUGACAAGCUGAACCUGGAUGCAUUGAAGGACUUUAAUGAGUGUAUAAGUCUGGCUUCAAAUCCUGAUAUUGUAAGUGAUAUGGAGGAUCUGACUUUUCAGUGGUGCAGGCAGAUUGAACAGAUCUUGGCAGAGAGUGAUCAAAUGCGUAAAGAAGCAGAUGAUACUGGUCCUAUAGCAGAGUUGGACCAUUGGAGGCAACUUACUGCACGCUUCAAUGCUCUCUUGGACCAGAUCAAGUCCACCAAAUGUAGAAUGGUCAUCAAUAUUGUACAUAUUGGUAAAUCCAGAGUAAUGAAGAAAUGGAAAGAAUUGGAUAAAAGGAUCACAGACAGUGCAAAUGAAGCAAAGGAUAAUGUGAAAUAUCUUUACACAAUUGAAAAAUACUGUGAUCCCCUUUACAGACAAGACCCUGUAUCAAUGCUAGACUCUCUACCAGGAUUGAUAAAUGCCAUUAGAAUGAUACACUGUAUCUCAAGAUACUACAAUACAUCUGAAAGGAUGACAUCCCUCUUUAUAAAGAUUACAAACCAAAUGGUAACAGCAUGCAAGCUGUACAUCAUCAGUGGGAGCUCUGAGCGUGUCUGGGAUAUGGACAGAAAACCUCUUGUAGAGAAAUUGCAAAACAGCUGUAAGCUAUACAAAACAUAUCAGGACAUAUUCCACAAAACCAAGGAAAAAAUUGAGAAAACACCUGGACAAAAACCAUUUGAAUUCUCAGAAAUGUACAUAUUUGGAAAGUUUGAAACAUUCUGCAAAAGGCUUGAGAAGAUAAUCACACUCCUCAAGUAUAUUGAGACAUUCAGCUCUCUGUCUGAGUCAAAGAUAGAAGGAUUAGAAGCUUUCAGCUCAAGAUUUCAGCAAAUCUUCACCAGCAUAAAGAAGAAACCCUAUAAUGUGUUGGAUCAGAGAAAGACAGACUUUGAUCAGGACUAUGAUGAUUUUAGGAGACAGCUUUCAGAUGUUGAGAUUGGAAUUGAGAAGUUUACAAACAAGAGUUUCAUGAAAAUACCAUCAACAUUGCAAGCUCUACAGCUUCUGGAAAAGUUUGAAAAGUUGAACAUACCAAGACUGAACAUAGAACAGAAAUACUCCUCAAUUUUCUUACAAUAUGGAGAGGAAGUUGAAGAAAUUGGGAAGCUGUACCAAAAGUUUAAGGAGGAUCCACCAAUACCAAGGAACAUGCCACCAGUAUCUGGCAGAAUAACAUGGGUUAGGCAGUUAGGACAGAGAAUCUUUGAUCCUAUGGAAAUCUUCAGGGCACAUUCAUCAUGUUUCAAAGGCGAGGAGGCAAAGAAAAUAGUCAGAAACUACAAUAGAAUUGCCAAAGUGUUGUUAGAAUAUGAGGUCAUGUACCAUGCAGCUUGGAAGAAAUCAGUUGAAGUUUGCACAUCCAACUUGCAAGUGCCAGUUCUUAUUAAACAUCCUACAACAGAGCAAUUGAUGGCAAACUUUGACCCAUACAUAUUUGAAGUUAUAAAGGAGUCAGAGUACAUGAUCAAGCGAGAGCUUGAUAUACCAGAGGAUACCAAAGUUCUUGUUCAUGCUUCUGAUAAACUGAGAAACCACUUCGAAGAGAUGCAGGUAUUGCUGGAGGAGAACAAGCAAAUCAGGUCAUCCAUACCAACAAUAUUCAUUACUCCUCUUAAGCCAGUCUUGAGGAAGGUUGACACUGCCCUAAAACCAGGACUGUUUGCUCAUACAUGGACCUCUCUUAGUCUUCCAUCAUUCUUCAAGAAUGUCAGAGAAGCUCUUAAAGACCUUCAGAUUGUUGUCAAACAGGUGAAUGACAUAAAAGUGAGCAGGGUAGACUAUGUUCUAAAAGAGAUAAGUGAAACCAUGCUGUGUGAUUUGCCAGAAAGAUCACCACUCAGUGUCACAGAAUUCUUGGAAAAUAUGGAGACUUACUGUGAAAGAAUGGCACUAGAAUUGAACAAAAUGAAUCAGACUGCUGAAGAUGCUGUGAAAGAACUUGUUACAAUCUUUAUGCAUAGGGCUCAGAUUAGCAUGGCUCACGCUGAUGAUCCGUUCAAUGAUGCCAAUUCAUCUGAUACAACAGUAUCUGGUUCAAUCGCUAUCAACUAUGGUGAGACUGGAGGAGGUGGAGGUAGUGCUGCUCCUGCUGCAGAAGAAGAAGCUAACGAAGAACAAACUGUGAAAGAGGCAUGUGAAGAACUUACUGAUCACUUUAAACAUAAACUUGUAGAGGCACUUCUAAGAUCAACAAGAUUUUCAUUGGAUGUAAUGAGGAAAAGGUUCUUUUCUAG